AUGGAUAGACUUCACAGGAGAACGGAUUCUGUCGGCAUUCAGGAUUUUCGCAAGGCCCAAUUUGGUUACUUCAAAGCUCUUCGCCAGGAAGAAAUCUACUGGAAGCAAAGAUCUAGAAAGCUUUGGCCAAGUUAUAUCUGGAGCAGUAUACUUGCUGCUAAAUCUAUCCUGAAAGAUGGGUGUAGACUUCGAGUGGGUAAUGGCUCCUCGAUUAGAAUCUGGCAUGACCCUUGGCUUCUUAAUCCCCGCCAAGGCUUUGUUACUUCAGAACCAAGCCCAGGAAGAGAAGAUGCCAUUGUUGAUCAACUUAUCUUAGCAGGGGAAAAUAGUUGGGACUACAAUCUUCUCGCUGAUCUUUUUAAUGAGGAAGAUCGUGGGCAGAUCAUGAAAAUUCCCCUAAUAGCACAUGGGAGGGAAGAUCGAAUGUUCUGGAUUCAUGACAAGAAGGGUGCUUACUCAGUCAGAAGUGGGUAUAAGCUAUUGAUGGCAAAUUCUUUCACACACUCUCAUAAUACUAUUGAGAGUUUUUGGAACAAAAUUUGGAGAUAUAAAAUUCCAGCGAAGGUUCGAAAUUUAAUUUGGAAGGCAUCGCUAAAUGUUCUUCCAACAACUGAUCAAUUGAGGGCUAAAAGAGUCGACGUUGAUAGCCAUUGCCCGGUUUGCUUAACGCACGAAGAAUCUGUUCUCCAUGUUUUUGUCUCUUGCGAAUUAGCCCAAAAGGUUUGGGAGACAGUGGGAAUAGCCAGUUCACCCCGCUUGGUUGCUAAUUUCCAAGACUGGCUCACAACUACCUUAAAGAAUCAUCAGCAAGAUCAAGAGAUCAUCGCUAUGCUUUGUUGGGCUAUAUGGAUGAACCGAAAUGAAACUGUUUGGAAUGCUAAGUCGUUUACAGUACGUUUGAUAGAGACGAAUUUGAUUUCUGGUUUCAUAUUGAGGGUGGUGGUAAGUGGGAGUUGUGGAAGCUGUGUGGGUCGAAGGUUUCGAGAAUAUGGUAACAGAAGUGGUGGUGGCUGUGGAUUUGGUGGCGACUUUUGGUUUGGGGGUGGGGCAUGA